ACCAAACCGUAGCUCAGUGGAGCGUAGAGCUUCGAACAGUCCGGACGCCAUGAGCUUCAGUUUGCAACUUCGGCCUCCGGGCCGCCUGCUGGUGGACCUGGCCCUUCUGGCCCUGCUCCUGAUCCUUUCGGCGUACUUCAAGCGCAUCUGGUGGCCCACCACCCAGCGCGGCUUCUUCUGCAACGACGAGACCCUGAUGUAUCCCUACCGCGAGAGCACCGUGAGCCCCACGCUGCUGCACUGGCUGGGAGUGCACUUGCCCCUGCUGUUCCUGGUCCUGCUCGAGAGCUUCCUGACCUGGCGCCGGGGCGAAGUGACCAGCUGGCGGCACCUCUGGCCGCUGUGGAACACCAUCCGCUGGUUCCUCUACGGCCACGUAUUCAACAAUCUCCUCAAGAGCAUCGGAAAGGAGACCAUCGGCAGACUGAGACCGCAUUUCUUCGCCGUGUGCCAGCCCCAGUUUCCGGAUGGAGGCAACUGCUCGGAUGAGGCGCACCGUGGUGGCCUGGUCUACCAUGAGGCCUACAGCUGCCGGCCCGAGCUCUCGGGGGCCACCCAGGAGAUGCUGACGAGCCUACACGUGUCCUUCCCCAGCGGUCACUCGUCCAUGGCCUUCUACGGCCUGGUGUUCCUGGCCCUUCACUUGCGUCACCGCCGCUGGCCCUUGAGGGGCAGUCUUCUGGGGCCCGUCCUCCAGCUGGGAUGCCUCUGUGUGGCCUGGUUCGUGGCCAUUAGCCGUGUCAUGGACUACAAGCACCAUUGGUCGGAUGUUGUGGCCGGUUCGCUGCUGGGGGCCGGCACUGCUUUUGUGGUCGUCCAGGCGGCCAGGCUCGAGGAGGGACACAGGACCACCAAAGCAACGGCGUCAACAAAUGCGAAUGCAAAUGCAAAUGAGAAGGAGAAGGAGAAGGAGAAGAAGAAGGAGGGCCAGGCAGAGGCAGAUGCACUCGCAGUUGGAGCUGUGGCAGGGAAGAGCCACCAGCUGGCGCAUGAUUUGUGCCAGGUUACGUGUCAGGGCUCUAAUUAGUUGAGGCUCGGUUUAAGCUAUGCGAUUUCUAGUUGUUAAGUUAAAGCGACGCAGUUGGCAGUAAAAUUAAAAGUAUUUAAGCGAACAAGGCUUGUUUGUGGGCAGAUCAUUAUGAACCGCUCAAUGCAUCUGCACCUCCUCAGAUCUGUGCGAAAAGUCGGUGGAAACUGGAAACAUCAAGAUCGAUCAAACGCUCGAUCGAGUGGAAAACUGACGAUUAGCGGACAGCCUUCCAAUCGAAUGAGGUUCAACGUUGCACAACAAUCAUAGUUUUUCCCCUGGCACUUGCGGUUGUCUCUGUCUCUGUUUCCCAGCUAAAAUAUCAGGCUACCAAUUUCCCUCUACCGCUCCACCGCUCUCCCAGGAAUUCAGGCCUGCGCUCCCCUCACGGCUGCUCAUAAAACGCAAAAAACUGUGCAAAUAUUUGAGUAGAAUGAGUGGCGUUUGUCAACGCACUUGCCAAAACACUUGCCCGUAACGCAAUAAAGACAAAUCUGGUAAUUAGCGUC